GCAGGCGCACUGAGCCUCAGCCGAGCCGGGAGGCGGGACCAAUGGCGAGGGGGCGGGCCGAGCUCCCUUUUGCGGCUGCGCACUCGCAUAGCCCCGCCUCGGCGAGCCACUUCCGGCGCUGCGGCUCUUCCGGGCAGAAACCGCUGAGGUUGGCAUCGGAGUUGUAACCUGCCGCUGACUGACCUAACGACCGGCCGACCAUGGUGCCCAGAGUGGCCCGCGGGCCGACGCCAUACUGGAGGUUGCCCCUCGGUGGCGCCGCGCUGCUCCUGCUGCUCAUCUCGGUGGCCGCCGCGCAGGAGCCUUCCGGAGCGGCAUGUUCUCAGAACACAAACAAAACCUGUGAAGAGUGCCUGAAGAACGUCUCCUGUCUUUGGUGUAACACUGACAAGGCAUGUCUGGACUACCCAGUUACAAACGUCUUGCCUCCUGCUUCCCUUUGUAAAUUGAGCUCUGCACGCUGGGGAGUCUGUUGGGUGAACUUUGAGGCGCUGAUCAUCACCAUGUCGGUGGUCGGGGGAGCCUUCCUCUUGGGCAUCGCCAUCUGCUGCUGCUGCUGCUGCAGGAGGAAGAGGAGCCGGAAGCCGGACAGGAGCGAGGAGAAGGCCAUUCGUGAGCGGGAGGAGAGGCGGAUACGGCAGGAGGAACGGAGAGCAGAGAUGAAGACAAGACAUGAUGAAAUCAGAAAAAAAUAUGGCUUGUUUAAAGAAGAAAACCCAUAUGCUAGAUUUGAAAACAACUGAAACGCUCCAACAUGCCAGGCAGUCCCGAAGCUUCCUGUGAGGUGCACACACUCCACAGCACAGCCUGGCCGGGAGACCACGUGGCCUUCAGGCCUCCUGACCUUGACCAGUGCAGCCUUCAGGACAGGCGGUCGGAGAACUGCCCCUAAAGGACAAUCCUCUUGUCCCUGCAGACUUGUGACCUUUGAUUCCUUGUUUAUGUCUAGAUUUAGUCACCUGAAAUAGGAAGCCUUUGGGGCUUUGUGUUUUGGAGGAGGAAAUGUGCCUAUUCCACUAUUCUUCUCAGUUUGUAAGCUGACUGCACACCAAGCCGCCUGGCAGCACCGGCGCUGUGGCUGUUCAUUCUCCUGGACAGCAGCAGAGCCUGGCGUCCUCUCUGUCCACUAACAAGCUUACAUGCAACAAUGGGAAGCCGAUUUUCCUUUUGUCAUUUCCCCAUAAAACCAUGGACAGUGUUUGUGCACGUGUCUUAAAUCUUCACACCUGUUGAUUCACGUGGCUUUUGCUGAUGACAGGGCUCCAGUACACAGUCUGAUAAGGAUCUACUCUUCCUAACUUCAGUUGUGUUAAAUAGCAUUGAGGAAUCGCUAAACUUAAACCUUUAAAAAAAAAUUAUUGGAUUUUCUCCCCUACUUAAAAGAUUUCACUAGAAUACUUUCAUAUGAAAAUUCAGGCCCCUUUUGGACAAUUUUUAAAAUUUGUGUCUUCACUAGAACAUGAGACUGUUUUUCCCUUGGACGCUUGAAUUACUUCUGUGGUGUUGGGCCUGGCUCUAGAGCGCUGGUGGGCUCCUGUGCCGGUGGUGUGGGGAGGACAGGGAAGAGCCCCGCAGCUCUCUCCAGCCCUGUUGGUGUCCUCUUUCUGCCUGUUGGGCUAUCUGGGGGGUGGCCAUUUAGAGAUCGUUGGGGACGGCAGGUCCGCCCCAAGGAGAGAGAAAGGCCCGUCCACAGGGCAGGCUCUGGGCCGCGUGCUACGGAAGCAGGUAUGCAGAGCCAGCUGAGGGCUCUCCCCACACCACCCAGCAGGCGCUGGUGCUCCUGCCUCACGGGAUCAUUCCAGCUUCCAGCCGCUCUGGCUCAAGUGUGUUCUGGGCACUUCCUUCAUAGUGGGCUUCUCUGGGAGCUCUCCAGUGGCACUGCAGGCACCCCGCACAGCCGGACCUACCCCGCGUUUCUGUAAAAUUGGGAUGCAUGGCUUUAGUAAGUCGACCACGUGCUUCAUGGCAGGGGAAGCAGCAUGUGGGGAAGCUGAAAAGUACUGCCUAAUGAAGUUUGAAAGUAGUCCCCACUCAAGAUUACUUUGAAUUUUAAAAUACUUCGCUUUGGGAAAGUUGGUCAACAGCACCUAAGAUAAAUGACGUGUUCCGUUUUCAUACUUCACAGUCGUGAAACUGAAAAAACUGUCUUCAGCAUGAGAUAAAGUUCACAGGCAGAUCACCAUGAUCCAGAACGCCUUAAGGAAUCCUCCAGCAGCUGGAUCAGCCUUUUCUCUGCGCACAUCUCACCGAGAGUAACAUUCCUACCCUGAAAUUUCCACAGAGCAUAUAACCUGUACCCAGUUCUUCAGGCUUAUUUCUCUGACUUCUUGGGCAUUCGUAGCAAAGUAUUACAGAUAUUCCUAUGUAUUUUAUAGCAGCUAUCAAAAUUGGACUUUGUAUUGUUUAUUCAUAAAAGAACUUUAUGAAUACAGUAGUGUGUAUGCAGAGUCCGUUUCCUGCAUGUAGGCUGCUGAGCUGAAGGUAGAGCUUGGUUGUUAAAUACAGCACAGUUAAUCCUCAUGUUCAGCGUGGAAAUCCACGCCGAGAAGGUUGGUCUGAAUCCUUCUGCCUUUUUCUGAAACAUGCUAAGAGCAGCCACAAAACUAACCUCAAGGACACCAUAGAGCUUGGAGUGCCUUCAUUUUUAACCCGUUUCCAAUAAAAUGGUUUAAUAC